ACUCAAGUAAUCCUUGUCAUCAAUUUAGAAACAAUGUUAAGAUCAAACAUCAAACUGUCUAGACAAUUCAAUUUGGGCCAGUUCAUUCGGUUCGCCUCAUCCAAAAGCUACGACGUCGUUGUCAUUGGUGGCGGUCCCGGUGGGUACGUGGCGGCCAUUAAGGCUGCCCAAUUAGGAUUCAAUACCGCUUGUAUCGAGAAAAGAGGUUCGUUGGGAGGUACUUGUCUUAAUGUCGGAUGUAUUCCUUCCAAGGCCUUGUUGAACAACUCGCACUUGUACCACCAAAUCCAACACGAGGCCAAGAGCAGAGGUAUCGACAUUGCUGGAGACGUAAAGGUCAACGUGGAAAACUUACAAAAAGCCAAACAAAAAGCUGUUACUGGUUUAACCAGUGGAGUGGAAAUGUUACUUAAAAAGAACAAAAUCGACUACUUGAAAGGUGCUGGAUCUUUUAUUGAUGAGCACAAUAUCAAUGUCAAACCCCUCGACGGAGCUGAAGAUUACUCGGUCGAAGCCAAAAACAUCAUUGUUGCCACAGGUUCCGAGGUCACUCCAUUCCCUGGAAUCGAGAUCGAUGAAGAGAGAAUCGUGUCGUCGACCGGGAUCUUGGAAUUGCUGGAGGUCCCCAACAGAUUGUCCAUCAUUGGUGGAGGUAUCAUUGGUUUAGAAAUGGCCUCUGUAUGGUCGAGAUUAGGUGCCGAAGUCACCAUCAUCGAAUUUCAAAACGCCAUUGGUGCUGGUAUGGACGACGAGGUGGCCAAACAGACCCAGAAGUUGUUGGCCAAGCAAGGUCUCAAGUUUAAGUUGGGAACAAAGGUCACCAAAGGUGUCAGAGAAGGAGAUGUGGUGAAGAUUGAGGUUGAAAACGUCAAGUCUGGUGAAAAGGAAGAGUUGGAAUCCGACGUGUUGUUGGUUGCCAUUGGUAGGAGACCACACACUGCUGGAUUGAACUUUGAGAAUGUAGGUUUGGAAGUUGAUCAAAAGGGUAGAUUGGUCAUCGACUCGAACUUCAGAACUAAGCAUGAACACAUUCAAGUGAUUGGCGAUGUUACCUUUGGACCUAUGUUGGCACACAAGGCCGAAGAAGAAGGUAUUGCUGCUGCUGAAAUCAUCAAGACUGGCUACGGUCACGUCAACUACGGUAACAUUCCUUCUGUCAUGUACACUCAUCCUGAAGUCGCAUGGGUUGGUGCUAAUGAGCAACAAUUGAAGGAACAAGGUAUCAAGUUCAAGGUUGGUAAAUUCCCAUUCAUCGCCAACUCCAGAGCCAAGACCAACGUGGAUACUGACGGGUUCGUCAAGAUCUUGGCGGAUGCUGAAACCCAAAGAAUUUUGGGUGCUCACAUCAUUGGUCCUAACGCUGGGGAAAUGAUUGCUGAAGGUGGAUUGGCUCUCGAAUACGGUGCUUCCACCGAAGAUGUGGCCAGAACUUGUCAUGCCCACCCAACUCUUAGUGAAGCCUUCAAGGAAGCAGCCCUUGCUACUUUUGACAAGCCUAUUAACUUCUAGGUCCAUAGUGAAAUAUAUUUACCAUCAAAUGAAAUGCGAACCGGCAAAACCAUAACUACAAAAGUAUUCGCGUAGGCGUAUAUUGUGUACAUACUAAUACAUGAGGAAAUC